AUGGCCAAAUUAGUUCAUAAUGUACAAAAGAAACAACAUAGAGAGAGAUCGCAGGUGUCUAGCAGGGCCAAGUAUGGUUUACUAGAAAAGAAGAAGGAUUAUAGACUAAGAGCUGCUGACUAUCAUAAGAAACAGGCAGCAUUAAAGGCAUUAAAGGAAAAGGCAAAAUUACAUAACCCAGAUGAAUACUACCAUUCCAUGACUAAACGUCAUACUGAUGAACGUGGUAUCCUUAUUGCUGAUCGAGGAAAUGAAGAACUUAGUAAUGACCAAGUCAAAUUGUUGAAGACCCAAGAUAUCAAUUAUAUACGAACAAUGAGAUUGAAUGAAAUGAAAAAGAUCGAAAAGGAAAAGCAUGGCAAACUUUUUGAAGGGUCGGGAAAACAUACUGUUUUUGUCGAUUCCGUGUCUGAACAGCAGCAGUUUAAUCCAGCAGAAUUCUUCAAUACUGAUGAAUCAUUGGUGGAAAAUAGAGAAAAUAGACUUAAAUUAGACCAGUUAUAUGUCAAUUCUGGAGUUAUAAACAAGGCCAAUGUCCCCGAACCAGAAUUAAAAGACAAAAUAGACGAAAAGAAAGUGAAACUGUUUAAACUUUUACAAAGACGUCUAAAGAAAGAGCAAGAAUUGAAACAUGUUGAAUCUAUAAUGUCUGCCAAAUUGGAAACCAUGAAGAAAGGAAACAAAAAGAAGAUGGUUGAUGGCGAAGGCAAAGUUCAUUUCAAAUGGAAGAACCAAAGAAAAAGGUAG